UCAACGUCACCUGGUAUUACGAGGGCUACUGCAUGCAUGUACAGUAAAUAAAAAGAGGAUAUUUGCAACACACUGCAGUUAGAUUCAUUUACUGUAUACAUUCAUGGCUGCUUGAUUUAUUCAGUCAUAUUUUAUAUCAUCACCUGAAUCAAAGGAGAUUUAUGGUUUCAUGAUGUCAGGGACAUCAAGAAUAAUAUCACUGAGUAUUGCUGUCGUGGUUUUCAUCUUCAUUGACGGUACUCAAGGAGACUUCUGCCCAUAUGACUAUGGAUUUACUGAUUGCCCAAGACCAUAUGACCCAUAUUACUGGUCAACAUGUUGUCGUAUCAACGGAAUUCCACAAUGCUGUAACCCAACUGUUCUUGCGACUUGGGCGAUUGGUGUGAUUGUAACAACAUGCUUCCUCAUCUCAUUCGUGUUUAUUCUGAUUGUCUGUGCUUGCUGUCCUUGUUGUUGGCUAGCGAGCCGCCGCCGCCACUCCCGCUAUGUUGUGGUGUCUAACGAGACUCCAGUUGCCUACCCUACUUCUACGACCAGGACCACAUACGUGUACAACUCUUACCCUGCCCAGCCCAAUUACAACAGCACUGGAUACGGUCAACCUACAGCACCACCCAUGGGAUCCAAUUCUACUACCACAACCACUUACAUUAAACAGUAAUCCCAAUCAGUGAUAGUGGUUUGGUGUAUUAAAUUUUUGGUAAAAAAUAAACCAAAGAUAAAGCUCCUUUCUUCAUUAAUUUUCAUUGGAAUUGAUGGAAUA